UCCAAAUAAUGCGGUUGUCAUUAAUUGGCUCAUAUAUCAACCGUUGCAUUUUUUUAUCGCUGUUUUUAAUUUUAAAACAAAAUGUAAAAGCCACGCCUACAAACAGUGUAACCGCACAAAAUCGCAUUGUCAAUGGUAAAAAUGCAAGAAUAGAGGAGUUUUCCUAUCAAUUGUCGUUACGUCGCAGCACAAUACAUAUAUGUGGCGCCGCGGUACUUGAUACGGUAUGGGCCAUAACAGCAGCGCAUUGUGUUGAUGGAUUCGAAAAAUUGCCACUUAUGUUUUCUUUGCGUAUAGGCAGUAGUACCCGUAUGGAAGGUGGUGAAAUUGUAAGCAUUACUACUAUAUACAAGCAUCCAUCCUAUGAUGCAGACACAAUGAACUAUGAUAUAGCGCUUUUACGUACUCAACCCAACAGAUUACGUGGUGAUUUUGUAGCACCAAUAAAAUUACCCAAUGUUGCUGAACCAAUUUUAACUGAUACAGUUGCUAUCGUUUCUGGUUGGGGUCAUAUGAGCGCCACCGAACAUGUUUUAUCUACAACGCUUAAAUACACAACAGUAUAUGCUGUUGAUCAAGCAGAAUGCAAUGAAGCAAUGAAAUUUCAAGGUGGUAUAACGGAAGCUAUGUUUUGUGCAGCGGCUAGAAAUACGGAUGCGUGCCAAGGAGACUCUGGUGGACCAAUUCAAGUCAAUGGUACUCUUAUUGGUGUAGUUUCUUGGGGUGUUGGCUGUGCUGAUCCGCAUUAUCCUGGCGUUUAUACCCGCUUGUCGUACCCUGCUAUAAGACGUUGGAUUAAAUUAUAUACUAAAUUAUAAACAAAUAUAUAA